ACACCAAAAUCAUCAUCGCAAAUUGAGCGGAACUCACAAAUGUCAUCAAGAACUUUCAAAUCUCGAACGACUCUCACUUAGACAAUGGUAGCGCACCUGCUCACGCGCAAGAAAGGGACACAACAUCCGAGAAAGAUCCAUUCGCCAUCGCAAACCCGACCAGGAAACUCGUUUCUGCAUCGAAUGAAUAAAAAAUAAUAAUAAAAUACCGACUUAUGCUAUCGAAAGCUGAUAUGAACAUUGAUCUGCAGUUUUAACCAGGUGCGGUAGUGGGAGGUUUUGUGUUCCCAGUGACUAGUGACGAUUCGAACGGAUUACACUUCACGCACCGAAAACUACCUAGUGCUUGUGUUAUAGUGGAACCUACAUGAGUGCAAAUUAACAGGUUUUUGUGCAAACAAACGUGUCAAGUACAGUUCGCGAAAUUUCACUUUUACCAGAUUGGAAUUUUUCAAGUGAUAGUUUCGACAUGUUUCUGCGGAGUUUCUUUAUUAUAUCCCGAUAAAUGACCGCAAGAACAUCCCAACGAGGACAAAAGUGAUGAAGUUUGAGCGAACACACAAAAAUGGACACUUUAGAAAAACAAAGAUAUAGCAGAACAAAAUGGAGGUUUCCCCACCUCCUAACAUUAUACACACUCCUCCUUGCUACCCAUUGUCAAGGAGAACCAAGUCAUACUGAUAAAACCAAAACAGAUAAUUUAGAAAAUAAUGUAGAUUCUAUUCACUGCCAUAGUUGUUAUAGUAGUAGUAACCAUGAAUCAAAUGUAGACAAUUACGUUAACUUCGUAGACGAUAUAGUUGGUCAACUAAACACAUUUACUGAUGAACACUUCAAUUUAAAUAAAACAGUUGUUUAUUUAGAAAAGGCUGUUGAAGAUAUACUAGAUAAAGCCUUAAGUAAAGAUAAGUUUAAAAUUUUUGAUGGAGUCGAAGUUAAAGCUGCGGAAAAUGUUACAAAAAGGAGCAAUGAGGAAGGCAGAGCGUUGUUUAGCAAAUACACUUAUGAAUACAGAAUGUAUCAGAAAGUUAAGAAUUUCAUCAAUACACAUAUACUGUCGAUUAAUCUACCGAUGGCCGCAAAAUCGUUUGGCUUAAACAAAUUCUUCAUCCCGAUACUAAUAGGAGGACAAGUGUUAAUAAAAACUAUACUGUUUGCUAUGUUCCUGCCGAGCAUACUGGGGAGCUUCGGAAAGAUGCUUAGUAAAGGUCUAUCCACAAUAUCAGCCUCAUCAUCCCAAGCCAGCUAUCCCCCUGCGAACGUGGAUGACCAGGUUGGCUACAACGCUGAUAAUAAAGACAUCAUGGGCUAUGAGACGAGUCAGACUGGGACCUUCGCCUAUCCUCAGGAUAGCAUGUACGGGGAUAGCAAUGAUGUGAACGAGUUGGGCAAUGUAGAUAUGUCACGAUUUGGUGUGGAUGGUCAAAAAACUGGAUUCCUGCCUUCAAAGAACAGCUAUUAUAAGAAUCAGAUGACUACGGCUAAUAAUUAUAAGGUGUUCCAAAAGAUCCCAGCGUCCUCUAUGAUACUGAGCAACUACGAUCCCUUCUACUCACCGCUGCUAUCGCGACUCGAUGGUAUCUUUGCACGGCUCGGUCUAGCUCCAGCGGAGAACUCAGUGGACGAGAAUAUCGAGGCGUGCAGGGAACAGCUGAUCUGCCUGAUGUACGCCAGUCCUGCUAAAUUCGCGCCCUACAGCAACUUGGUGUCGGCACAGUUGAGCAGAGAAUUGAACGAACUCCGUCGCCCAGUCUCGGACAACCCAGAAAUCCUUCGGUUCUUCAAAUACAUGAAGGCAGCUCGGAGAGGCCAAGAGGCGUCGGAUUGCAUGUAUGCCUACCCUACCUGUACGGCCAAUGCGCCGAAAACACAUACCAUGGUCGCAGCCUACCAUGAUAUCAAUAAGUUGGUCACUGCUAGAAAAAUACAUUAAACAAACUGUUUUGUAAGUUUCAAAAGUUGGGGGGUAUUUUGGCCAUUUUUUGUAAGGGGUUAAAAUUGUGAAUUCAAUUAUUUGUAGAAGCCUACAGCCUACCAUGAUAUCAAUAAGUUGGUCACUGCUAGGAAAAUACAUGAAACAAGCUUGUAUGAACUGCUAAGGUCUUGUAUCAGUUUCAAAGGUUUGAGUUAUUUCGCCAUUUUUGUAGAGGGUUUGAAAUUGAAUUGUGAAUUGAAUUAUUUGUAUAUGUCCUAUCUAAAAUAUAGAAGUUGUUAAAAAGAAGAUAUUAUGCUAUGCUAUUAUGCAAGAUUUUUUGGCAGUGUCUUA